AUGGAGAUCAUCAACAUCACCGCCUUACCAGUGACACCAGUGGAUGAACACCUGAUCAUCUCUUCUGCCCGGAACGCAACGCAGAGUGCUGUGAGGAAGGAUUCAGAGGACAAUCCACCCUCGUGCGUCAUUGGCUCCAUGCACCAGGUGAACAAAAAGAUUGCCAAAGUAGACCUGAGUCUCAACCCACCCGCCAACAGCCUGGCAAUUGAGAGAUUUGAGUUGGAGAAGAAGGCUUUAAGAGAGAAAAGUCACGGCAGCCCAGGAGACAGAGUCCAGAGACAAAGAAAAUCACAGUAUUCCUGCAAAGGCACGGAAUUCAGGAUUGCCAGAUCUUACGUUACAAAACGGAAAACAGCAGAUAAAAAUCUUCUGGCAGAGCUGUACCAGUAUCCCAAAUUCGACAGCUCUAAGCCAACCAAGCUUCCAAAUGGAGUGGACUUCUGCGACAUGGUGGGCAACGUGGUCCGGGCUGAGAGAAAUACCCUCAGUGGCAAGGCUUUCUGUUCAGAGAGAGAAUUAGAGAAGUUUCUCUCUUCUCCUUCUCCAAGAGCCAUGUGGCUGGAUAGCUUCUGGUGGAUAUUUCAUGAGAGGUACCAGUCUGGGUGUGGAAGUGCUGAGAAUGUUGCCCGGGCUCUGCUUGCCCCGCAGAGGCUGCCGUCACUUCUGAGCAAAGGCCUGUACACCAGCUUCUGCUGCUGCUUCCCACAGUCCUGGUUCAACACGCAUGAAUUCAAGUCUGACAUCUGCAACACCAUAAGCCUGUGGAUUGCAGGUACAUGUCCUCGGCUACAGAUCUAUGAGAGUUGGGACUACUCGGAACUGGAUCCAGAGAGAUUCCGGAGAGAAGAAUUAUUGCUACAGAAGGAAAAAAUGUUAAGGGGAAGAGAGUUUUUUUCCUUCUCUUAUAAGAAAUCCUCCAGCCAGAAGCCAGAGGAGAGCAAGAAGUCCAACCACUCUCAGUCUUGCGCUGCCUGCAAGAGCCCUGAGCUGACUUCAAACUUCUUGAACAUUUAUGGGAAGAGCCCUCUGAUCGUGUACUUUCUCCAUAACUACGCCAGUCUGCGGCAGCACGGCAAGGACGUGUUGAUAGUCAGGAGGGAAAGGACCAAAAGCGUCCCUGAGUCCACCCCAACGUACGCUGACAUCAUCAGCAUGACCCUGAGCAGCAUGAAGAAGCGAAAGGACAACUUCAAUCAGUUGUACCAGCUUCACUGCAAUGAGUGGAGUUACUUUAACAAGCACCUGCAGGAACUGCAAGACAACUUCCUCAGGGAGGUGAAGAAUAUUACUGAAAGAGCAGCAGAUAUAAAAAAGGAAAACCACAUGUUCAUCCCAUGUACCAGCUUCAAUGAGGAAUUCCCUGACAAGAAACCUAAGGAAGGAAAAGUCAGAAAGGGAAAGAGAAGAGAAACAGAAGUUGAACAUUUCUCCCCUCUCACUUCCAAGCUCCAACGAAUGCUGUAA